GCGUCAACAUGAGAGAGAGAGAGAGAGAGUUGUUGAGGUGGGGGUUUGAUAUACAUACAAUCUUCUCUUCUUUUACUGUAUCUAUAUACGAUCUGUUCGUGAUAACAACAAACAUAAUCUUCGAUCACUGAAAACUAUAUUACUAAUCCAAUCGUAUCUCUUUACACAUAUCACAUGUAUGUCUUCCUUGAAACGCUGAUGAUUCAAAUUCAACUGAAUUAACCAGCUUCAUCUUGAUUAAGAUAUUUGGAGGGAUUUUAUCUUCCGACUGAUUUUUCUUGAGUCAAUAUUGUGAUAGACAUCAAAAGUACAGAACACAUGCCAUCACCAAAGAUGAAAAUGAAGUCAACCACGGGCUGUUCGAGAGAAAAGAACGGCCUCCAUGUUUGUCAAAAGUCAAACAAGAUAUCCAAGAACUCUUCGCCACAAGUUAAAAGUCUUCAACAAGAAAUUCAACUUGAGACAUGUGUUUCUAGUAAAAAGGAUGUUUUUUUCUGCAAUGAAGCUAUCGUGCAGGAAGUUAGAACCGAUGAAACUAACUGUUGUGAAAUGCUAGAUGAAGAAAGCAUUCAGGAUAAUACACAAACCAAUUGCUCUUCAGUCGUAGAUACUAUCUUUUCACCCAUCCCCGAGUCCAUUGAUUAUAACAGUGAAGCAACUUCUUCUGGUGACGCCGGGAGUGAAAACAACCUUGAAGUCUCAGGAGAUAAAGAUAGUGACGGUAUAAAUGAAGUUUCAUGUGAAUAUCAAAGUUGUAAUGUAUCAGAUUUCUUCAUUUCAGACAUGAUAGUUUCCAGCUCACCCAUCGAAGACAGAACCUGCUUACCAGAUUUUGGAUGUGAUGAAUCAAGCAUAUUUUUAGACGAUGAAUAUAUGCUACUUCCUUUUCUUGAGGAUAGCAAUGACUGUGAUGACAACGUAAAAAGCUGUUCGGAACCUGUAAUGGCCUCAGAAGAUUCAAAUUUGUAUCUGUCGAUUCAUCAGUUGAGAUCAUGCAAUCAGGAUCCAUAUGAUUAUCCUGAUUGGGACCCAUCGGAAUGCUUCGAUCCACAAUCGUUUAUUAAAAACCUGCCUGAUUUUUCCGACGCGGAAACAAAUUUAUGUCCCACCGUAUCGCCUUCGGAAAGAAAAACUGUCACACUGGUGCUGGAUUUAGAUGAAACACUGGUGCACUCUACAUUAGACCAUUGCGAUGAUGCAGACUUCAGUUUUCCAGUAUUUUUUGACUUCAAAGAGCAUACUGUUUACGUGAAGCAGAGGCCUUACCUCAAAGAUUUCUUGGAACGGGUCUCAGAAAUGUUUCAAAUUGUGAUUUUUACAGCCAGCCAAAGCGUUUAUGCAAAACAACUUUUGGACAUAUUGGAUCCAGAUGGAAAAAUCAUUUCUCGCCGAGCUUAUAGAGAAUCAUGUACCUUUGCAGAUGGAAAUUAUACCAAGGAUCUAACCGUUUUAGGUGUUGAUCUUGCCAAAGUUGUCAUUAUUGAUAAUUGCCCACAGGUUUUUCAGUUGCAAGUGAAUAAUGGGAUUCCAAUAAAGAGUUGGUUUAGUGAUCCGUCAGAUUGUGCGUUAAUUACUCUACUACCCUUCCUGGAGAGACUAGCAGAUGCUGAAGAUGUUCGUCCAAUAAUUGCCAAGAGAUUCGGUGAAAUGCGGAUCUUUAAUGGAUCGAUAGCCAAAUGCCAUUCUAAUCGGUAUUUUAUUCUUUUUAAUUGUAAAUUUUCUACCAUGAUAUAGUAGCAAAUUUCCCUGCCUAUAGACUCAGAAACAGGUAGAUUUUUGUUGACUUUUUAGUUUCUAUAGACUUUUGACUUAUAACAUGUUGACUGAUGUUGACUUCUUAUAGUUUUACAAGUCCCCAACCUUCUAACAGGUUUGUCCACUUGAGAUUCUAAAAAUAGACUUGUGUUGAGUUCUAAUCGGUUUAAGUGUUUGAAACUGUAUGUUUGAUUUUGAAGAGCUAUCUGUGUUGAUAUCUCAUCUUAUGUUGACUUUUAACAGGUAGAUUUGUGCUGACUUCUGACAGAUUUCAAAGUCCUUAAACCUUUCUGUUGAUAUACAGAUAAUGUAAUACUAAGGUUUUAUAUAUUGGUUUACCAGUGUUAUAAUAUUAUCAGAUAUAUUGGUUUAAACCUU